ACACACUUCACUUCAGAGUUGCUCUAUUUUCCUGCAUUUCUCGAUUAGGGUUAGGUUCUGCGAGGAAGAAGAAGACGAAGGAGAAGAAAAAUUAAGAAGGGAAUAGGAGAAAUGGGGUUCUCAAUGCAGCCAUACGGGAUUCAGGCUAUGCUGAAAGAAGGGCAUAAGCAUCUGUCUGGUCUUGAGGAGGCAGUUCUGAAGAACAUCGAUGCUUGCAAGGAGCUCUCUGCUAUCACACGCACUUCUCUAGGCCCUAACGAGGAUGGGGUCGAAUUACUCACUGUUAAGAGAGCAAAUCCGCCAACAUAAAACCAUGAACUUGUUACUUUCCUCCAUUUGAGCAGUUUUUAUUUGUCUCGUUUUUCUGAUUCUUUUUUCUAUAGAAGGGUUCUGUAAUUUUCCUUGUAAUUUCUUUGAACUCAAGUAUGAAUAAGAUGGUUAUAAAUCAUUUGGACAAGCUGUUUGUCACAAAUGAUGCUGCUACUAUUGUAAAUGAGCUUGAGGUUCAACGCCCUGCUGCCAAGAUAUUGGUUAUGGCAGGCAAGGCUCAACAGGAAGAAAUUGGUGAUGGUGCUAAUUUGACCAUUUCGUUUGCUGGAGAGCUUCUCCAAAGUGCAGAGGAGCUAAGUAGGACUGGCCUGCACCCAAGUGAGAUCAUCAGUGGAUAUACCAAAUCUAUAAACAAGGUUCCUCAAUGCAAUGCCAACGGGAUGGAAUGGAAAGAUCAUUCUCAACCUUUUUGGAUAUAUUAAACUGUUCUAAUACCUAUUUGUAAUAUAUGCAGACUGUUGAGAUUUUAGGUGAGCUAGCAGAGAAAGGUUCAGAAAGUAUGGAUGUCGGGGUUAAGGAGCAAGUUAUCACCAGAAUGAAAGCUGCUGUUGCUAGCAAGCAAUUUGGACGAGAAGAUGUUUUAUGUUCCCUUAUAGCUGAUUGAAUAUUAAUUGACUAUCCUAUUCAUUUUUCCAGUGAGUGGUUAUUUUAUUAGC